AUGGUAGAUCAAGCCAAAAAUUUGGACGAUUACAUAUCCUCUAGUGACAAAAUGUUUCAUGGCCUAUUAAAUCAUGAAAAGAUGCUUGAGAACCACAUCGUUCAACUAGCUAACCCCUUGAAAUAUUGUGCUAGCCCAUCUUCUUUACCCUCACAAGAAAUUGAUCCUAAGGAACCGGUUUGUUCUAUCACCACUAGGAGUGGUAAAUUCCUUGAAGAGAGUGUUCCUAGGAAGAGUAAGGAGGGUGAAGAGGGGAGUGAUUCGAGCAAAGAGAAUAAGCAUGAAGAGUCUAGCAAGAUGAGUAAGAAAUCUAAUAAAGAGCAAAAGGAGAAGGAGAAGAAGAAAGAUGAGGUUUAUAAGCCCAAACUUCCAUACCCCCAAAAGUUCAAUAGGUACAAAUUGGAUGAGCAAUUUGGACAAUGUAUUGAGAUGCUGAAGAAAAUUCAUCUUUCUAUUCUUUUCACCGAAGUCUUGGAACAAAUGCCAAAUUAUGCUAGGUUUCUUAAGGAAAUUUUGAGCGGUAAAAGAGAUUGUCAUAUGGUGGAACCGGUGAAUUUGGGGGAGUGUUGUAGUGCCUUUAUCCAUAAUGACUUGCCCCAUAAGUUGAAAGACCCCGGGAAUUUCUCCAUCCCUUACCAAAUCAAAGGAAAAUUGUUCCAAAUUUCCCUUUGUGAUCUCGGUGCUAGCGUGAGUAUCAUGCCUUAUUCCGUCUUCAAGAGACUUAAGAUAUAG